GCUUUUCUGUAAUCAACGAGUACGUUCGUUCUUGCUUUAAGCUAAUUUUCGUGUUCGUUGGUUUGCUGAGAUUUUUGCUGCGAUUUUUCCCUGCGAGUUUCAACAGAAAGGAGCAAAGAAAAAGGGAACAAAAUUGAUUACAAUUUCGAAACUUAGGGUUUCGAUUUCUGUUUGUUGCCGUGGAAUCAAUCUCAAAUUCUCAUUCCAUUUCACGUUUUGGUGAAGUAGAAGCAACACGCACGCACGCCAUUGCCCUGCGAGUUUCAACUAUUAAUCAUCGCGUUUUUCGUGGAGACGAAUUGCUCAUUGAUGUUGCUGGUGAUGGGCGUAGUUUGGAUUUCUAUGGUCUUUCUUCUUGGGUAAUGGGAUGUGUCAAGUUUGGCACUCUAGGGAGCAGGCAUGGACAUUGCUGCUCUUUUAACUUCUGCUGGAAUUAAUAUUGCUGUGUGUGUAGUGCUCUUUUCAUUUUACUCAGUGUUAAGGAAACAGCCGGGUAAUGUUAGUGUGUACUUUGGACGGAGACUAGCUUCUAAGCAUUCAAGACGCCUUGAAUUCUGCCUAGAAAGAUUUGUUCCAUCCCCUAGCUGGAUAUUAAAAGCAUGGGAUACAUCUGAGGAUGAGAUAUUGGCUAUCGGUGGCUUGGAUGCUGUGGUUUUUGUAAGGAUACUUGUGUUUAGCAUUCGAGUAUUUUCCAUUGCCGCUGUCAUCUGCAUUUCCAUAGUGCUUCCUGUAAAUUACAAUGGUAAGACCAGAAUGCAUAAGGAUAUACCUUGGGAAUCACUCGAAGUAUUUACCAUCGAGAAUGUCAAUGGUGCAAAAUGGCUUUGGGCUCAUUGUCUCGCAUUAUACAUCAUAACACUUGCGGCUUGUACUCUUCUUUACUUUGAAUAUAAAAGCAUUACAAAUUUGAGGCUGCUACAUAUUAUUGGAUCACCUCCAAAUCCAAGUCAUUUUAGUAUUCUCGUGCGAUCAAUUCCCUGGUCUUCAGAAGAAUCAUAUUGUGAGACUGUGAAAAAAUUCUUCUCAUAUUAUCAUGCAUCAACAUAUUUGUCACACCAAAUGAUUUAUAAGUCUGGUACAGUACAGAAACUGAAGGAUGAUGCUGGACAUAUGUGCAAGGUACUUAGAGAUUCUUCACUGGAAAAGAGUUGUAGGCCAAGUUUUAUGCAGUGUUGGUGUUCUGGAGCACCCAAAAAUUCUUUUAAGAUGAUUCCUGAUGAGAUAGAUAGUAUACCGGGCUACACUGACAUGCAUCUAGAUACAAGAAAAAAGGAAUGCGCAGCUGCUUUUGUGUUCUUUAAAAGUCGGUACGCAGCUCAUAUGGCUGCACAUUCACUGCAAACAUCAAAUCCUAUGUUAUGGGCAACAGACAUAGCUCCUGAACCACAUGAUGUUUACUGGUCCAAUAUUAGCAUACCAUACAGGCAACUUUGGAUCCGUAAUAUAGCUACACUCGUGGCUUCAAUUGCCUUCAUGCUCGUGUUCCUUAUCCCUGUUACAUUUGUACAAGGCUUGACUCAACUAGACGAGCUUCAGAAAAUGUUCCCUUUUCUAAUAGGGAUUCUUAAAAAGAAAUUCAUACGUCAGCUGGUGACUGGUUAUCUACCAAGUGUGAUAUUGGUUUUAUUUAUGUGUGCAGUUCCACCAAUGAUGAUGCUAUUUUCAGCCGUGGAGGGUUCUAUUUCACGUAGUGAGAGGAAGAAGAGUGCAUGUUGCAAAGUCUUGUACUUUACUAUCUGGAAUGUGUUUUUUGUUAAUGUUUUUACUGGUUCCGUUAUCAGUCAACUCUCUGUCUUUUCGAGUGUAACAGACCUGCCUGCCCAACUUGCCAAGGCAGUGCCAUCCCAGGCUACUUUCUUCACAACUUACGUUUUAUCAUCUGGUUGGGCAAGUUUGGGAGUUGAAGUUAUGCAAAUUUUUCCUCUUAUAUGCAAUCUAUUGCAGAGAUACGUACUCAGGCAGAAAGACGAUGCAAGUGGUGGCAGCCUAUCUUUUCCGUACCAUACAGAAGUUCCAAGGGUCUUAUUGUUUGGAUUCCUUGGAUUCACCUGUGCUAUUCUGGCACCUCUAAUAUUGCCCUUCUUAUUGAUCUACUUCUUCAUUGCUUACCUUAUAUACCGAAAUCAGAUUCUCAACGUGUACAUCACAAAAUACGAUAGUGGAGGACAGUUCUGGCCCAUUGCACACAACACAACCGUGUUUUCGUUGCUAGUUGCACAACUUAUUGCGCUAGGAGUGUUUGGACUAAAACGCUCAUCAGUUGCAUCUGGAUUCACCAUUCCCCUGCUGAUUGGAACCCUUCUUUUUCACCAGUAUUGUAGGCAACGAUUUCUCCCUGUAUUUAGGAGUAAUUCAGCACAGAUCCUUAUUGACAUGGAUAGGAGAGAUGAGCAGUGUGGAAAAAUGGAAGAGAUUUAUGAACAAUUGCGUUCAGCCUACAGCCAGCUCAGUUUAGUGCCGGAUGCCUCAAGCCAGUCUGGAUCUUCCAGUCAGCACGAGGAGAAGGGGAGUGCUGAGUCUUCGGGAGAUAUGGAGAAAGGCAAGGAAAUUGGUCCAAAAGAUAGAUCAUCAUGGCCUGUUCAUCUAAAGAGUCCGGAAAAAGCGGUAUCUGAUGAAAAGCAGUCGAGUACUUCGCCUCUUGCAUUGAGGAAGAAUAAUUCUGAUGUGAUUGUGCCCGAGGCAGUGCGCGAACAUUUAGUCAUUGACAGAUUAUGAUGAAGGUCUCUUCGUUUAUUGUUUAUUAAUAUUUUCAAUUGUAAAUAUUUUUGAAAUUAUCCUCAAUUAAAUGUGAAUAGACAUAUAGGAGUGUAAACAAUUACAAUUUUAGUUAAAUAUUCUUUUUUCGUAAUUUCAGACAA